GUUUUCCUUAACUACGCCUCUGCAUUAUAUGCCACGGCCCACGAAGGCAUCCUUUUUAUGUACUUUGAUCCUGUACAUCGACACGUUCAUGUGGAAUUCUUAUGGUGUGUUUGACCUGUUCGCUUUCUGCUCUUAAUUCCCCUGCGCUCGGUUUCCAAACCACUCUGGAAAGAAAAGUGAAAGUAAAGCGUCGUGAGACCGAAAGCAUAGAAGGAAAAGGAAAUGUCUUCCGUGAAGAUGGAAGUGGAUCGGUACCUGUCGCGGAUCGGGUUUGAAGGCCCUUCAGGUGUGCCCAGCCUGGAGCUGCUUCGCUCGGUUCACACCUGUCACCUGCUGUCGGUGCCAUUUGAAGACCUGACGGUGCACAGCGGUGGACAGGUCAAGCUGGACCUUCCGGCCCUCUACGACAAGGUUGUGAACCAGCGCAGAGGUGGCUUUUGCUUUGAGAAUAACUCGUUGUUCUACUGGCUGCUGACCCAGUUGGGCUUCCAGGCCACUAUGCUCUCGGGUCAGGUGAAGAACUCGAUAACUAGUCGCUACGGGCCCCCGUUUGACCAUUUGAUCGUAAUGGUCAACCUCGAAGGGAAACGGUGGCUGUGUGACGUCGGUUUCGGCGCUGCUGGUUUUAGUGUCCCGCUUUCGUUGGAUACUUAUGGUCCUCAGGUGCAGGGCCACAGAGUUUACCGUGUCAGAAGGAUAGACGACGUGCACUUUCUGGAGUGGCAAAAGGAGGAAAACAGAGGCGAAGAUGGGGACUGGACGGAGAUCUACAAGUUCACCCUGGAACCUCGGCGUCUGGAGGACUUCGCCGAGAUGUGCCAGUAUCACCAGAGCUCUCCCAGCUCCAUCUUCUUCUGCAAGUCCCUCUGCACCGUGUUAAGACCCGGCGGGAGGGUGUCUUACAUUGGCCGCAGGCUGAUUAGCACCACAUUCCCAUCUGAAGCAACGGGAGGUGGGCUAGAAACCACAACCAGGGAACUUGAAGAUGAAGAAAUUCCGGCUGUUCUAGCAGAAAACUUUGGAAUUGUGCUUCAGUCUCCACUUAUUCCAAAAGAUGACACAAUUACUCCACCCCCAGUUGUAUACUGAUUUAUGGAUGCCAUAACUUUUAAGGCAAAAAUAUACAACUACUAUUUCU